UUUGUGUCUAAUUAAUUAGCUUUUUCAACAGCGUAGCUCAUGGGUGGAUUUUUCCUUUAAGACUGCCAUCUCUCUCCUGGUGCUUACCAGCUCCUGAUCUCUAGCUACACCUACGACCACACAAGAAAGAAGAAACACCUACUACCCAAAGGAGAAGAAAGAGAGAGGUUUCCAAGCACCAUGGCGGACCGACUGGCGGUUGGGUUGGCGAAAUCGGUAGUGGUGGGGGCGAUCACCAAGGUCCAGUCGGUGAUCGAGGAGGACGCCAAGCUCCGGGAGAAGGUGAAGCGUGACCUCGUAUCCAUCACUUUGGAAUUCGAGAUGAUGCAGUCCUUCCUGGACGACGCCAACGAGGAGAUGAAGAGCAAAGUGGUGAGGACCUGGGUGAAGCAUAUUCGCCAGCUCGCCUACGAUGUAGAAGACUGCGUCGAAAAUGUUGUUCAGCUGGACGACAAGCCGGUCUUUUGGCGCAGAUUGCUGCCAUCUUGCAUGGUAGAGCCAUUGCAGCUUGACCAGGCGGUCGAGGAGAUAGAGCAGCUCAAGGGCAGGGUGGAGGAGGUCAACAACUGCUACAGGCGCUACAACCUCAUCAACGAGUCUGUAGGGUCGUCCAAGCCGGCGGUCGUCAUACAUCAGCCACAGCCGCCAGUGCCUGGAGCAUCAGACAUGCUCUGCAAGGCAAGAGACGCCACCCAGAGGCGGCAGGGCACCUUUGGUGAUCUCACUCGGUUGAUCAGCAAGGAAGACAACAAGCUUCAAGUGAUCUCCCUGUGGGGGUCAGCCAGCGAUCAUGGGACAACAUCCAUCAUCAGGGAGACCUUCACUCACUCUGAAAUCUGUCAAGACUUCACUUACCGCGCCUGGGUGAAGUUGAUGCAUCCUUUCAGUCCCUACGGAUUCAUCCGGAGCUUGAUGGCCCAGUUCUACGCAAACUCUUGCAAAGAAGAAAAUGCUGCAACUGCAGGUAUGCAUGUCCUGAUGAAGAUGGAGGCUGCCCAGGCACAUCUGUUCAAUGAGUUUAAGCAGCUAAUCUUGGAGAAGAAGUACUUAAUCGUCCUGGAAGGCCUUUCUACCAUGGUAGAUUGGGAUACUAUCAGGACUUUCCUUCCUGACAAAAAGAAUGGCAGUUGUAUCAUCUUGUCCACACAAGAACCCGAAAUAGCAAGCUUGUGCGUCGGCCACUUUUAUGAUAUAUUGGAGUUCAAAAAAUUCUCAGAUGAUCAUUCUGUUUGUGUUCUCUUCAAGGAACCACCGGUGGAUGAAGCCAGACAAAGUUCUCCAUCUGGAAAGAAAAUGAAAGAUGCAGAACAGUGGAUGGAGGAUAAUCUCCUUGUUGGACGCGAAUCUCAAAUAAAUGAACUUCGUAGGUGUCUUGCUGGAGCACGUUUCCCAAACUCCCAAGUGGUGUCUGUCUGGGGAAUGGCUGGCAUUGGGAAAUCACAUCUGAUCAGAUACUUGUACUUCAAUAGGAUGUUCCACACCAAGCAAUUUCAAAAGUACAGUUGGGUGGAUGUACCACAUCCAUUCAAUUUAAGGGGUUUCUCUCGAAGCUUACUUUUGGAUUUAUUUUCAGAAGAAGACCCCAUUAAACAAUGUCGCGAGCUCCUUGAACAAUAUCAAUGUCUUGUUGUUAUCGAUAAUCUCAGAUCUAAAGAAGAAUGGGACUUGAUACAAGCUGCCUUGUUAUCUAGACGUUCAUCAAGCGUUAUCAUUGUGAUUACAACUGAAGCAAGUAUAGCUAGCUACUGCACAAAUAUUGAAGCAAACGUGAAUGUUCGUUGUCUAGACGAUGAUGCAGCCUUUGAUCUAUUCAGGCAAGAGGUACUCAAGAUGAAUCCAACGUCCCCUUUAGCGCAUUAUCGUAACAUGGAGUUAGAUGAUCUAAUUUUAAAGUGUGGAGGCAUACCCACAGUAAUAGCUGCUAUAGCCGGGCUACUGGCCCCAUUGACGGUUACGGGGAUGGACACUGUAUACUCUUUGCACAGCAGAUUCAUGCAUCAUCUGGAGAACAACCCGGAGUUGGAUGGUCUACAAGAUCUAUUACGUUGGAUGCAUUCCAUCAUACUUAAUCCUCCAGAUUUCCUCAAGCCAUGUAUUUUCUACCUGUCAAUUUUCCCUCGAGGCUGCUACAUUCGACGGAGGCGACUAUUGAGGCGGUGGAUUGCAGAGGGCUACUCCAAGGAAAGUGUGGACAGAAACGCGGAGGAGAAUGCAGAGAGUUUCUUCUCCGAGUUGGUUCAGUUGAGCAUAUUCAAGCAGCUAGGCACCAGCGCUUCUACAAGGGUGGGAUUUUACCAGGUCAACAGUUUCAUUCGUGCGUAUAUAAUCUCACGAAGCACAGAAGAGAACCUUGUCUUUGAGCUGGCGGCAGGUCGUGCCUUAAACACCCCAAGUAGAGGGCGUCACCUUGUUAUACUGGAAAACUGGGACAGAGACAGGAUUCUGUAUGAGCGCAUGCACUUCUCGCGGCUAUGGUCACUCACAGUGUUUGGGAAGUGGGAGUCAUUCUUCAUCUCAAAAACUAUGAAGCUGCUCCGGGUGCUUGAUUUAGAGGACGCACAGGGUGUAACAGACAAUGAUCUUCACAUGAUGGUCAAGCUACUGCGUCACCUCAAGUUCCUCUCUUUACGAGGAUGUCAUGAGAUCUGCCAUCUGCCAAGAUCAUUGGGUGAGCUGAGGCAGCUCCAGACACUGGAUGUCAGGCAGACCUCCAUAGUCACCAUUCCAGUGAGCAUCACUGAGUUACAAAAGCUGCAGUACAUUCGUGCUGGCCUCACCAUACACGUUGCGUCUGCAGUUCCAUCCAAUAGCUGGUUCUGCAGACGCCCUCAUCUUGUUGGUGUUAAGGUGCCUAGCGGGAUUGGAAAACUCACGGCAUUGCACACGCUUGGCGUUAUCGAUGUCGCAGCUUCAGGGCGGGUGGCCAUUAUUAAGGAGCUCAGGAAGCUCACACAGUUGCGCAAGCUCGGAGCAUCUGGCAUCAAUAAGUACAACGGCAAGGGGUUCAUCACGGCAAUCUCAGCUCAUGUCCAUUUGGAAUCAUUAUCAGUGCAUCUCGACCAGGACAAUAAGGGUUGCUUGGAUGACAUCUCCCUGCCUUGGGAGAACCUACAGAGCCUUAAGCUGUAUGGGCUUGGAGAUAAGUUGCCACAACCGAGGAGCCAGUUUACCAGGCUGAGGAAGUUGGCUCUGGAGAUGGACACUUUAAUGCAAAAUGAUAUUGAUUUCCUUGCCAACCUACCAGAACUAUGUAUUCUACGCCUUCGAGUGAAACAGCAGCUUCAGGGUGGUAGGCUCCAUUUUUAUGCCGAGAUGUCUGGAGAGCAGUUGGACACCUUCGAAAAGGUGAAGAUCCUCGAGAUUGCUUGCUGCACCAGCGAGUUACAUGUGACAUUUGGAUCAAAAUCAAUGCAAAAUCUUGAGCUGCUCACGCUUGACUACACCAGUGCAUCAUAUCAGCUUGCCGGCCUGAAAAAUCUAUUUGAACUGAAGCAUGUCUUACUCAAGGGUACCAAUGAUGAAGCAUUCAGGGCAGAGUUUGCGAGCCAUCUUGCCAGUCAUCCAAGGCAACCUGUCGUGAAGCUGGAGGCACUACCACGCUCGUCCUGAAGGGUCGACAUUGUCUCUGUUUAUUUUCCUUCAUUUUUCUUUUACCUACCGCUAGCUUGCUUUGCGUAAAGACUUUGUACUCGGGGUCUUUUCUUCUUGCUGGUUACAUGCACAUGCAUGUAUGUUCCUUCGUAGAAAUACACCAUACUCUACCGGCAGUUUUGUAUUUCUGCUUACCUUCAUUGUGAGGUUGAUGCUCAUUUGUUCACAGAGGGAGUAUCUUGUAAUGGCAUGAUGAUUAUUGAUACAUACUCCCUCUGUAAAGAAAUCUAAGAGCGUUAAGAUCACUAAAAGUAGUAAUCUAAACGCUCUUAUAUUUCUUUACGGAGGGAGUAUCAAUUAUGGAAGCCUGUCAUACA